CGCUCAAUUCUCUUUCUUCUUCCUUGCUCGUCUUCCUUCAUCCUUUUUCCUUCCGUUCUAACUCCCAAUUUAUACAGAUCCCCCUCUCCGUCUCCCUCUCUCUUCAGCAGUAUUUUCUGCCUUUUUUGCGUCUCUCUAGAUUGUUUAAGAACUCACCGUCUCUCUCUGUCGCUCUCUGGCUCGCUCGUUCGUUGGUUCGGUCCCCGACUUGCGGUCGGUCGGUCGGGCUUGGAGGACGGAUCUGCAGGAGCUUGGUUGGAGGCAUCGGUGGGAAUUUGGCGGAGCAGCAGGGAAGGGCGAGGAUCGAACAGUUUUCGCACGUCGUCAGGGCUGGAGGACUCGGUACAGCAGGCGGAGACGGAGCCGGAAAAUGCUUUCGGGACCAUGAAGGAGAUUCGGGUUAAGACGGAGGGUUCUCCCGAGGUGAAGAGGUCUCGGGAGGAAGGCUACAUGGCUGCUCACUUGAAGCGCCCGAUUCUUCCCCCCCGCGGGGAGCCGUCUGGUCAGCCUCAGAAUUCUGGAGGGGGACAGAAAUUAACUACUGGAGAUGCCCUGGCAUACCUGAAAGCAGUGAGAGAGAUGUUCCAUGAUAAGAAGGAAAAAUAUGAUGAAUUCCUUGAAGUGAUGAAAGAAUUCAAGGCACAAAGGAUUGAUACAACCGGUGUUAUUAUGAGGGUUAAGGAGUUAUUUAAGGGGCACAAAGACCUAAUCUUAGGUUUCAAUACAUUUUUGCCAAAGGGCUAUGAAAUUACCCUAUCAACAGAUGAUGCCCUUCCACCUAAAAAGCCUGUUGAGUUUGAGGAAGCGAUCAAUUUUGUUAACAAGAUAAAGACUCGUUUCCAGCAUGAUGAACGUGUAUAUAAAGCAUUUUUAGAGAUUCUGAAUCAGUACAGAAAGGAGUGCAAAUCAAUUAGUGAAGUAUAUCAGGAGGUAGCUUAUCUGUUUCGGGAGCACCAUGACUUGCUUGAAGAAUUUACACACUUUCUGCCAGAUACAACUGCUACAGCUCCAGUUCAACAGGUCCCAUCUGGAAGACAUGUGUCAGGCAAUUUGAUCCGCAGGGAUGAGAGGGGCCCUAGUGGAAGUACAGUAAGACAUGUACAUGAAAAGAGGGAGAGGUCUAAUUCACAUGCCGAUCGCGAGCUCGGUGUUGGCUGCCCAGAAGAAGAGCACGACAGAGCAUUCCUUAAACUUGAAAAGGAUCAGAGGAAACGGACUGAAAAAGAGAAAGAGCAGAAGGAAGAAAAGGAGAGGCGAUAUCAUGAUCAAGAUAAUAAAGUUCUAGAUCAUGAUAGGGAUGUAGAAAAUACAUCUUCAGUUUCGCACAAACGGAAGUUUAACAGGCAAACCGAUGAUGCAGUUGCUGAUUGGCCACAUGUUGAUGGAGCUGAAAGUUUUGGAUUACAGCCAGCACUGAUGUCAUCCUCUGAUGACAAGCUUGCUCUAAAGAGUAUGUAUGCAAAGGAGUUCAUUUUCUGUAACAAAGUCAAGGAGACAUUAGAUGAAUCUCAAUACCAGGAGUUCUUGAAGUGCCUUCAUAUAUACAGCACUGAGAUCAUUUCACGCCUGAAAUUGCAGAAUUUGGUAUCCGACUUGCUUGGGAAACAUCCAGAUCUCAUGGAAGGGUUCAUUGAAUUUCUAUCGCACUGCGAGAAUACUGAUGGCUUCCUUGAAGGCGUUAUCGAUAAAAGUCCUUUAUCCAAGCGAAUGAAGGCUGAAGACAAGGAAAGGGAUAGAGAUGAAUGUGGGAAGGACAAGGAACGCGAGAGAGACAAAGAAAAGGAAAGGGAAAGACCAGAGAGGGGUUCGCCCAUAGUCCCCAAGGACUUGACUAAUCACAAGGGCACAGUGUCAGCGAGUAAAGAUAAAGUUGUUAACAAGCCUAUUUCGGAGCUUGACCUCUCUGGCUGUGAUCUAUGUACCCCUAGCUACCGUCGCCUUCCAAAGCAUUACCAAACUUAUGCAACCCAUAGGACAGAACUUGCGACUGGUGUCCUGAAUGAUGAUUGGGUGUCUGUGACUUCUGGAAGUGAAGACUACUCAUUCAAACAUAUGCGGAAGAACCAAUAUGAAGAGAGUCUGUUCAGAUGUGAAGAUGAUAGGUUUGAGUUGGACAUGUUGUUGGAGUCAACGAAUGUGACAAUUAAGCGGGUUGAGGAACUCUCGGAAAGGAUGCAUAACAAUUCAAUAAAACCUGACAGCCAAAUCCGCAUAGAAGACCACCUUAAUGCUAUAAACUUGAGAUGCAUUGAGCGAAUAUAUGGUGAUCAUGGUCUGGAUGUAAUUGAAUUAUUGCGCAAGAAUGCACAUGUGGCACUGCCUGUUAUACUAGCUCGCCUGAAGCAAAAGCAGGAAGAAUGGGCAAGAUGCCGAUUUGAUAUGAAUAAAGUUUGGGGUGAAGUGUGUGCAAAGAACUAUCAUAAAUCACUGGAUCAUCGUAGCUUUUAUUUCAAGCAGCAAGACAAAAAGAGCUUGAGUACUAAAGCUUUAUUGGCUGAGAUUAAAGAAAUAAAUGAGAAAAAAAGAAAAGAGGAUGAUGUGCUACUGGCAGUAGCUGCUGGAAACAGGCGGCCUAUAAUUCCUAACCUCGAGUUCCAGUAUACUGAUCCAGAUGUCAAUGAAGACUUAUAUCAGAUCAUUAAGUACUCAUGUGUAGAAGUUUGUCCAACUGUUGAACAACUGGAUAAAGUGAUGAAGAUCUGGACUACUUUUCUAGAACCCAUGCUUGGUGUCCCUCCUCGGCUCCACAGUGCAGAAGAUACUGAAGAAGUAGUUAAGUCGAAGAAUCGUACUCCAAAAGGUACUGCAGCUUGUGCUGUGGAAGGUGACAGCAGUCCAGGUGCUGCUGGUAUUGUCAGCGAUUCAAAGCCACCAACUUCUCUUGGUAAUUCUGCUGAUGCCAUGGUCUCAGAGAAUGGAAGUUCUUUGAGGGCCAACUUAGUGAAUGGAGAUACCAGUAUUAAACAAAAUGGUUCUGAUGAGGUAGUAAAAGCACAGAAUGGUGCUUCACCAACCAACGACAUCUCUGGAGCCAAUUUAAGUAGUGCUUCUAAUAACUGGCUACCUGAUUGCAACUCUUCACAUUGCAUCAGUACAGAUAACAUUCAAGGAAGAUCUAAUAUGGAAAAUAUCUCAGGUACUGCUACACUUUCAAAGCAUUCUCAUAGUAUUUCAGAAAGCUCUGUUGAACCAAGGCGUAUAGAGGGUCUUCCUUUUGCUACGGUUGGAGAAAAUAGCAGGCAAGUUGGAACUGCAAAUGAGGAAAGCACAACUGAUAAUAAAAAGGGUGAAGAUUCUGUUGCUCAUAGCAACCCUAAAGUUGAGAGAGAAGAGGGUGAACUGUCGCCAAAUGCAGAUCUUGUGGAAGACGGAUUUGCAGUUUACCAUGAUCCUGCCAUGGAACCUACUGCUAAAGCAAAGGAUGGUUCUGAGAGUAGGCAGCACCAUGGGAAGUGCAGUGGAGAUGGUCAAGCAUGUUGUGGAGAGGCAGGUGGGGAGCAUGAUGUUGAUGCAGAUGAUGAAGGGGAAGAAAGUGCUCAGCGGUCAAAUGAGGACAGUGAGAAUGCAUCUGAGGCUGCUGAGGAUGUCUCUGGGAGUGAGUCAGGUGAUGCUGACGAGUGUUCUAAUGAUGAUCACGAAGAAGAUGAGGAUGAUGAGCAUGACGAUGCCAAGGCUGAAAGUGAAGGAGAAGCUGAAGGUGUGGUCAGUCCUCUCGGAUGUGAGGGGAGGCGGAAAUCUUUACCAUUUUCCGAUCACUUCUUUAAAGCAGUGAAACCUCUUACAAAGCAUGUGGUGCCACUGUUACAUGACAGGGACAACAGAGAACAUAAAGUUUUUUAUGGGAAUGAUGCUUUCUAUGUGCUUUUUAGACUUCACCAGGCACUGUAUGACAGAAUUCUUUCAGCAAAGACGAAUGCUACUUCUGCUGAAAGGAAAUGGAGAUCUGCAAAAGAUACAAAUCCACCUGAUCAAUAUGCUAAGUUUAUGAGCGUUCUAUACAGUUUACUUGAUGGGAGUGCUGAUAAUGCAAAGUUUGAAGAUGACUGCCGAGCAAUCAUUGGCACACAAUCUUAUGUUUUGUUCACACUGGAUAAAUUGAUUUUUAAGCUUGUCAAACAGCUCCAAGCAAUCUCCUCUGAUGAAAUGGACAAUAAGCUUCUUCAGCUGCAUGCAUAUGAGAAGUCAAGAGCAUCAAUGAGAUUUGUUGAUUCUGUUUAUCAUGAGAAUGCAUGCGUUCUUUUGCAUGAAGAGAACAUAUAUCGGUUUGAAUGUUCAUGCAAUCCAACUCGCUUGUCCAUCCAGCUGAUGGAUUAUGGGCACGAAAAGCCUGAGGUUACAGCUGUUACAAUAGAUCCUACAUUUGCUGCCUAUUUGAAUAAUGAGUUCUUGUCAAUCAAUCCUGCAAGGAAAGAAAGACAUGCACUUUUCCUUAAAAGGACUAUGCAGAAAUACACUAGCAAGGAUGAAUUUCUUUCCAUAUCAAAUGCAAUGGAAGGCGUUCAAGUUUUCAAUGGCUUGGAGUGCAAGAUAUCUUGCAACAACUCUAAGGCUUCAUAUGUUCUGGAUACAGAAGACUUCUUGUAUCGUACCCGUAGGAAAAGGAUAACUGUGCCUCGUGGGGAUUCUUUGAGUGAUUUACCUGUGAAAACUUCCAUGGGAAAGCUAGAGAGGUUCCACAGAUGGCUUGGUGGUGCCUGAAACUGCUUUCUGGCAAGCAAAUUGGAUCUGGGGCUUGUGAAAUUUCUCAAUGUCCGCUCAAAUGGCACCGCCACCUGUGCUUGCUCAAACUGGUAAAAACAACUCCUUCAGUGCUGACGGAUCAAAUUCUUAGUAACACAAAUCAAAGCAACCAGGGGAGUUUCAGCCGGGUCUGACCCUUCAUUCUCUUAUGGAGUGAAAGUCCUCGAGUGGGAUCAGCUCCUGGUAGCAGAAUAACGAGCGGGCAUGAACUUUUGAUAUAUUCUUCUUAUCAUCCAAUCUGGCCGGAGCUGCCAUGUACAGAUGGACAGGUGAUUUUAGGCCUUGUGGUACCGCUGCUUCAUCCACCCGAAGAUAAAUGUAUACAACUAAGUUGUGGCUCUUACAGCAUUAGUAUUUUUCCUCAAUGUCAUUCAUGGCUCAGAAUGUGGCCCAUAUUUCUUUGCUGGGCUGCAUGUUCAUUGGAGUUUGUAGAGUGUAGAUGUGGUCCUAAGAAAAGUUCCGUAGCAAGGGAUUCCCACAACUAGGGAUGUAAAUGAAGUAACCAGGCUGAUGUAAAAUGGGUCAAAUGAUUCAAUUGAUUUAA